AUGGAGCGAAACUAUGUAUCGGCUGGCCAGGUACAGGCCACCGGCUACACCAUGAUGGCCUUGUCGUCGGCGGUGGUCAUGGCUCGCUUUAGUUUGAUUGUCUGGAAGCUACGGUCGCUGCAGCUCGAGGACGGCUGCAUUUUGCUCGCUUGGGCCUGCUUCCUGGCCAUGAGCAUUGCAUAUGUCAUUGUCACCCCGGUCAUAUACAAGAUCGAUGCAUAUGAAGACGGCGAGAUCGCCCCGUGGGCGACCAUGGUGUCCGACGCUUUAUUUAUGAUUAAAGUUUUCUUCGCAAACACCAUGUUGCUGUGGGCAUCGCUAUGGUCGGUCAAGCUGUCGUUUCUGUUUCUCUACCGCCGACUCCUCCGAGAUCUGCCGGGUCAGAUGAAGUGGUGGUACAUGGUCAUGGGCUUCUGCAUUUUGCAUGCAUGCAUGGUUCACUGGGCAUGCGAUACGCAUCGCGAUGCUGUGGCGGAGAUUGCCAGUUUAUACUAUGCUUUUGCCGUUGACGCUUUGAGCGAUAUCAUGAUCAUGGUAUUGCCCUUGCGACUGGUGGUGACGCUUCAUCUCCCGCUGGGCCAGAAGAUUAGUGUGGCCGCCGUGUUUGCCUUGGGCACCAUCUGCGUGAUCAUGGCGGUGGUGCGAGUGGUUCAGAUCGGCACUCGCGCCAACAAUGACAGCACUCCGAGUAGUUCCUGGUUAGCAUUCUGGGGAAUGAUCGAGGCGGGAAUUGCUGUCAUUGUCGGCUGUCUCCCCGCUUUCGCAACAGUCUACCGUCGCACCAAAAACUCCAAUCGCUAUCGAAGCAACUAUGUUGGGAUGUCCUCGUCGGUCUACGUGCCGCAGGACGAGGUGGCUUUAUCCAACAUAGCCACGAGGGAGGGAAAUAGCACGGGAGAGGAACUGAAGGCAUUCAACACGACGCCGGAGUUACCAUUGGAGUAUUCUACCGAAGACUAA